CAACGGCGAAGACAGUGUGGUUCAGCUCCGUUCGAGUAUGUGAGACGUUGGUCUGCCUCGGGACGAGUUGCCUGGGCUGCCCGUGACGCCUUUGACCCAAUUCGUCGAGAUUUCGAUGAGCUCCGCCAGCGCCAACAGCAGCGGCAAGCUCGAUAAACCAAACCCCCGCUGCGAGGCCUCCGGUUGCCAGAAGGCUUGCGAUCCGGGGUCCAGGCCACGAUGCCGCAAGAGCCCAUACUGUCAAGAGCAUCUACUUGAGUGUCCCACUGGCUGUCCCCACCGGAGAACGUUAGGGUUCACGAUGCUCGCGUCACUAAUCGUCUCUGCUGGGACCACCAGCCCGCCGAGGUCCGCGAAGCUUGGUUCAACGGUACCCUAUUCCCAGCACGUGGAGCCGCUGGGGCGGACACACGGCCAACUUCGUAGACUGGUCCCGCAAGGUUAUUGCCGCUUACCGAGACUCAGAACGACGGUAAAGUCAGCAUCGGCCAGCUGGGGCACCUUGGCGAUUGCUUCGCCGGGUUUCAUUCCCGAGCUCAUCCGGAGACUCAUGCACUGUUACCAAACCAGUAGGUGAUAUGACAACUCGACCGACGUGGUGCCGGGGUUCACAGAUGCUGCUUCGGACAAGUCUUUUAGACGACUGGAGCUUUUUGGACUGUUUCUUGGAUCAACCCCAUCGUCCUGGUUUGUCAAGUCUUGUUUUUAUAGCGGCCGACGACGGCCACACCCGGUGCAGAUGUUCAUUCC